AUGGCAGAGAUGUAUGAACCCAAGGAGCCAGAUGACUCUGAGGAGGAGACAUUUGGGGGCCAGAGACUGGCUGAGAGGCACCCUAGACUACUGCACAGUUUGAGGAGGUUGCCAGAGUGUGUGACCUGGGCUCCUCUGCUUCUCCUGUUGCUCCUUUUCAUCUCCUUGGGUUUCUUCACGCUCCAGCUGACCACUCUGGUUCAAGUUUCCAGGAUCCGGUGUCUGCAGAGAGAUUCGGGAGACCGUGAAAACAACAGCCUGGAUAAGUGGCUGGACACCAGGUUCCGGAGUCUGACUGAGGUUGCACAGAAGCAGAUGCAAUCAAACCUGGAGGAGAUCCUACAGCGCCUGACCAGGAUGAAUGCCACCCUGGCUGGCCUGUGCCAUCCUUGUCCUCAGAAUUGGGAGUUCUUCGACGGAAGCUGCUACUUCUUCUCCUGGACCCAGAGUGACUGGAGAUCUGCCGUCUCUGCCUGUCUGCUUAUUGGGGCCCACCUAGUUAUCAUCGAGAGUACUGAGGAGGAGAAAUUCCUGAACUUUUGGUAUGCCAGAAAUAAUAAACCCACCUGGAUCGGCCUCAGCGACCACCACAAUGAGGGGUCCUGGCGGUGGGUGGAUGACAGUCCUGUCCAACUCAGCUUCUGGAAAAAAGGGGAGCCCAACAACCACGGAGAUGAGGACUGUGUGGAACUGCACAACGAUGGCUGGAAUGAUGGCAGAUGUGUUACAGAAAACCCCUGGAUCUGUGAGAAGCCCUCGGCUCCCUGCACAGACCUCGGAGAGUUGCUGCCUCCACUAUCCCGUCCCGCCCCGCCACCCCCCGCCCCCCAUUAG